AUGGCCGACAAAGCUGAAAUUGCGGCGCUUGUUGAAGAAAAGGUGAAGGAACAAAUGAAAGGACUAACCGAACAAAUGUCCUUGCUGAUGGACAUGUUCAAAGCCCAACAGCAGCAACAAUCCAGUUCAAGUUCCCAAUUGGAGAUGGUUCCGCCGAUGCGUCAAGGCCUUCGUUCUGAUAAAGCUGUGGAAGUGGACGCCAACGAGACGUUACCCUUCGAGAAUUUUAUCAUGAUCGGAACUAAUGCCAUUGCACCUAAUGUGACCACACCCCCUAUGAUUAAUACUUCCCAGAUUCCCGUGGCUGAACCAUCAAAUGAUGAAAGUGCAAAGCUAUUGGCCAAGCUUGAUCGGAGGCUUCGCGAGGUAGAGGGCUCGCACCACCUGCCUCCUAUUGACUUCUCCAUUUAUGCUAAGGUGCAAGUGCCGGAAAAGUUCAAAAUGCCAGAUUUUGAGAAGUAUGAGGGUACCUCCAACCCUAUCCAGCAUAUUCGGAUGUACCAAUCAUUGAUGUAUAAGUACAUAUCCAAUGGCCCCUUCAUGGUCCAAACUUUUCAAGCUAGUCUCAAGGAUGCAGCAAUGAGAUGGUACAUUGACUUUAAAAUUAACCAGAUGGAGAACUGGGAAGAGGCGGCCAAUGCUUUUGUCAAGCAUUUUAGAUUCAACCUGGAUAUUACAGUUUCCGGGGAAGACCUUGAGCAAGCCGAGAUGAAAAAGGGAGAGAAUCUCAAGCGGUAUGCCACUAGAUGGAGGAAUAUCACAUCUCAACUAAGGCCUGAACCUCCGGAGCGUGAGCUAAUGAGGCUAUUUGUGUCUACUCUUCCCCAAGCUAUGAGAUCACGAUUGGUAGGAACCGCAGCCCAAUCUUUCGAUCAACUCGUUAUAAUGGGUGAAGAUAUUGAGAUUGCUAUGAAGAGGGGAUGGCUCGGUGAUAAUAGUUCAGCAAGCAAGCGUCCUCCAGUAAAGAAAGAACCGACAAAGUGA